GGCGCGCCGGCUUUUGACAGCGCUUGUAGCGGCAUGUUGGUAAGCGGGCGGCUGACAGGGGCGCGAGCCCGAGCGCCUCUGCACGCGAGUCUCCUCGAGACGUGGCGCCGCCGCGGGCGGACCGCGUCCUCCUACUCCGCCUCCUCUGAGCCGUCCAAGGUGCGGGCGCUGAUCUAUGGCAACCACGGGGAUCCGGCCAAGGUCAUCCAACUGAAAAACCUGGAGCUCACUGCUGUGGAAGGAUCUGACGUCCACGUGAGGAUGCUGGCAGCCCCUGUCAAUCCAUCUGACAUAAAUAUGAUCCAAGGGAACUAUGGCCUCCUUCCCAAGCUGCCUGCUGUUGGAGGGAAUGAAGGUGUCGGACAGGUGGUAGCAGUGGGCAGCAGUGUGUCUCGACUGAAGCCGGGAGAUUGGGUGAUCCCAGCAAGUGCUGGUUUAGGAACCUGGCGGACUGAGGCUGUGUUCAGUGAGGAAACGCUGAUCGGAAUCCCUAAGGAUAUCCCUCUCCAGAGCGCUGCUACCCUAGGUGUCAACCCUUGCACAGCCUACAGGAUGUUGGUGGACUUUGAACAGCUGCAGCCAGGGGACUCCGUCAUCCAGAAUGCAUCAAACAGUGGAGUGGGGCAAGCAGUCAUCCAGAUCGCCUCAGCCCUUCGCCUAAAGACCAUCAAUGUGGUGCGAGACAGACCUGAUAUCCAGAAGCUAACUGACAGACUAAAGAAUCUGGGAGCUGACUAUGUCCUCACAGAGGAGGAACUAAGGAUCCCCGAGACAAAAAACAUCUUCAAGGACCUGCCCCUGCCCCGACUGGCUCUCAAUUGUGUUGGUGGGAAGAGUUCCACAGAGCUGCUACGACACCUCGCGCCUGGAGGAACCAUGGUGACCUAUGGGGGAAUGGCCAAGCAACCUGUAACAGCCUCUGUGAGCCUGCUCAUUUUUAAGGACCUCAGACUUCGGGGCUUCUGGUUGUCCCAGUGGAAGAAGAACCACAGUUCAGAUGAGUUCAAGGAGCUGAUUCUCACCCUCUGUGACUUCAUUCGCCAAGGCCAGCUCACAGCCCCCGCCUGCUCUGAGGUUCCACUGCAGGACUACCAGCAGGCCUUGGAAGCCUCUAUGAAGCCCUUUGUGUCUGCAAAGCAGAUUCUCACCAUGUGAUUGUCGCAGAGGACCAGGAGGAAAGCAAGAGUGCAGACCAGUAAGUCUGGCUGGCUGCUGGCCCUUCUAUGAGAACCCAGUCUUCCCCAGACUGCAUUCUGCUCACUGCCUCUUCCCCUUGAGGAAAGGAUGAAGACUAGAGGUCAUCCCUGUGGAGGACUGCCGUGCACCUGCUGCCUCACAGCUCUGGGAAGCCCUGCCCUGCCUGACCACUCCGAGCGCAGAGGCUGAGGGGCUGCUGCCAAGUGCAGAAGUCACACCCUCAGCAGUGUGAGCCCUAGAGUCUGGCAGAAGGGGAAAGGUGGUUAACUUCUCCCAGAGUGUGUGUCUCUGUCCAGGGCAAGGGGAUCUGCUGCCAAGGUGAGUGCCAGGCUGAGAUCAUUAAAGCUUAAGAGACUGAGAACACAGGAUCUCAGGUGUCUGGGCCACCUUGAGGGAACUUCCAUUGUAACUGAGGGAAUAAACAUUAUACCUGUGGCUCUCA